AUGACAGCUCUCACGGAGAAUCCCACAUACAUUGAGGAAUUCGAGGAAAAGGCCCAGGGCUAUUACCGGCAGAUUCCUCGCACCCAAGAGCUAGGAGAGCCGCCGGCUCGGAUCAUACAAUGGCGUAAGGUUCGGGAGCUGGAUCAUCACACUGGCUAUGACUUGGCAAUUAUCACACUACCCAGGGCCUCUCCCCGACAUUUCACCGACUUUGGCCACCUGUACGAUCUGUAUAGCCUUCCGAGCCAAUUCGUUGGCGCAACCCUUCGUUCGACAACCCACUCAUUCGGAACGAGCGGCUCAGAGAACGAAAAACGUGUUACGGCAGUCGUGUUCGAACCACCUUAUACUUAUUGGGACUUGGUGCACCGGCUAUUCGAAUCCGAUGACUGGCAGGAUGUAUUGCACAAUCCCUUCUUGCUCUUCGCCAUGUAUUUCGAGGCGUGGUAUUUGCUUGUAGACGAGAGCGCCUGGACGAUCCUUGACAACGGAAUAUUCCGGCAGUCCUCAUCAGAUGAUAUAGAGAGACACCACAUGCUGAACAUCGACUACCCUCGUAUACAUACUCUCGCAAAAGACGCCAUACACUUAGUGGAAGGUGUCGACGCGACAUUAAGAUCCCUACAAUGUGUGCUAAACGCGCACUCUGCCACCGCCACACACCAGGAUCCUAUAUGGCGAGGCACGAAUGACGCAUUCAACCAUCGUAUCGAAAUGUUCCAGUCAACAAAACUGAGGCUGACAAGUGUCGACCAGAGGCUAAAGAAUGUGAUCAAUCUCGCAUUCAACGUCACGAGCAUGCGCGAUAGCACAGUCAUGCGUGAAGAUAGCUAUAUCAUGAGGACAAUCUCCGUCAUAGCUGUGAUUUUUUUACCUAUUUCUAUCAUCAGCUCCAUCUUUGGGUCUCAAUUCUUCGGAACAAAUACCAUAGAUUUGUCGGAUGGGUCUGUCGAGAAUGUAACCUUCAUCACACCGCAGUUCUGGAUUCUGUGGGCGAUCGCUCUCCCAUUCACUCUGUUCGUCUUGGGCGGAUGGUUUCUCUGGCUACGACAUUUCCAGCCCAGGACUCAGCGGAGGUGGACUUUGGAAAUGAUAGCCAUCGCAACAUGGAGCAGAGUAGCGCGCUUGGUGACCAGCUUGAUCUGGAAGAGGAGGCGCACUGUCUCAUCCACUGGAUAG